AUGUCCGGCCUGACCUACUACAACUACCCCGGUGUCGGGACCACAAACAACAAAACCUACAGCUACAGCCAAGCCGUGCGAAUCGGGAACAUCAUAAAAUGCUCCGGACAGGGCGGGUGGGACACCGACGGGGAAAUCCGCACGCAGGACGUGAAAGUUCAAAUCGAGAAAGCGUUCACGAAUGUAGAGACGAACCUGCGCGAUGCGGGCCUGCGUGGGUGGGACGAUGUUUUCUCGGUUCGCAGCUACCAUAUUAGUCUGGCGGGGAGUUUUGAUCUUAUGGUUGAGCAGUUCAGAAAGGCGAUGCCCGGGCAUCAGCCGGUUUGGACUUGUGUGGGUGUUACAGAGUUGGGGAUUCCUGGGAUGGUGGUUGAGAUUGAGGUUGAGGCCAGGGUUCCUGGGGGUUGA